CAAAACGUGGCUGCAUGCAUUAUUUUUCAAGGAGAGAGCUGAGUAUGUUCAUAGGCUGAAAGGAAAGCUUCAGUAGAGAGAGAGUUUUCCAUGGAAAGUGAGACAGGGGCAUAGGUGGAUGAGGCCCCAAGGAAUGAGAGGAAAGAAGGUGGGCAGAGCUUUACCCCAGAGGCGAACAGAGGAUGGACGUGGAUCCAGAUAAGACGUUAGCUCGUUCCCUAAAGGUCGUGCUGAAGGAGUAAUGAGGGUGGCCAGUGCGCAGGGGUUUGAGAGGCCCCGUGGAUAUGGUGCUGUGGGGAAAGUAUUUGGCGAUGCUCAAUAGUUCAGGAGAAGAUAUUAGGAUGAAUGGUUGCUGUGUGCCACGGUUCUAUAGGCUUUCACUUCUGUUAUCUUAUGUGAUCUUCCGGGGCGCCGGUGUCUCCGCCUUCUGGAUGACCAAUCAGAAGCUCACAGAGAAUGAGUAAUUGGCCCUAAACCACCCACCUAAGGCGUGGCAGAGGCGGGGCCCAAACGCGCGCUCCAGCCCUCGCGCAGGCGCCCUGGAACUCGCCCGCGUGUUGUGACCCAGAAUUCCUGGGGCUGUGGAAGAGACCAUAGGCUCAACAGGAGGGGGAGCCCUGGGUUGCGCGCCGGUCUGCAUCGCUACUUGGCGGAAAGUUCCCAUGAGUCUUUGCCAGCGUCCCCCUCCUUUUGUGAGGAAUAGGAUAUCCCGACUCCUUAAGGGCCUGGAGCGCAUAAGUUGUGACCUUUUCAUUCCCGUUGUUAUGGAGGUAGGGUCUCCGCGAAUCUGGGAGUGGUAGCUGGGGGCAAGAGCAAAUAAGAGCUCGAGCUUCUGUAGUCUCUGGGGAGAUGUUCCCGGGAAGCCUGGCUAGAGGGCAGAGGGCAGCUGUUGAAAUGGCGUGGCUCCCCGGCUCCUGCGCUCGCGUGGCCUUCGGCCCGGUGUUGGACAGCCUGGCAGGGCAGCGGGGGGCUGAAUCCGGCUGCCGUGGAUGAGGCUCAUGGAUCACCCUUUUGUGGUAGGGCCACAUCUGCCAGAGCCUGGAGUCUGCGAAGGCCGGGACCCGGUUCUCCGGCCCGCCGUGGCGAGUGUGCAAACCCGAGAGAGCUGGAUUGCCUGCCCACCGCAGAGUGCUGAAGACGGGGUAGCCAUGAGGUUGCAAAUUGGUGAAGAAUCAGCAGCAUGUUUGGCAGCUGAGUAUUGGAGCAAGGAGCCUGCCACAAGGUAA